AGCAGAGGAGGCGAGGCUCGCUAUUGAGCGUAAAUGGUUCGAAGGCGUUCGCCCCGAGUGUCGCCCUUCGGAUGAAGAUAUCAGUCGCAUGAAGGCCCAGUAUCAUUACAGUCCAGGAUUCAUUCACAUCGCAGUCGUUGGCUCUGCUGGAGCUGGCAAGUCGUCCUUCAUUAAUGCCGUCCGUGGCUUGUCUAGAAAUGACCCAGUGGCCGCUCCUACGGGAAUCGUCGAAACCACUGACACUGUCACGAGAUAUGCUGAUCCGCGCCAAGAUUCUCGGAUGGUUUGGUACGACGUUCCCGGAUCAGGCACUCCAAAGGUGUCCGACUGGCAGUACUUUCAAUGACAUGGGCCUCUACAUCUUCGACUGCAUCAUCGUGCUCACAGACAAUCGUGUCUUAGAUUCCGACCUCGCCAUCCUCCGCGCCUGUAAGCCGUUCAAGAACAUCGAGGCGUUCAUUGUUCGCUCCAAGUCAGACCAGCACAUUAACAACAUGGUGUCCGAGAAGAUGCCGCAAGGCUUCGACCCUUAUGAUCCAGACAUGGACGCCGAAACACGUUCUCUUUUCUUCCUAAAGAAAACAGAAGAACGGCAAAGGUUCAUCGACGAAACAUCGCAGAAUGUGCAAACGCACCUUGAGAGGGAGAAGCUCUUUCCUAAGAAGGUCUACAUCAUUUGUAUGGACGCCAUGCUUGCAACAGUGAACAAGAUCCGCUCCUCAAAGGCAAUUGAUGAGGCAGACCUUCUGAGUGAUAUCAGAGGAUUUGUGUUGCAGCGUCUGCAGUCGGGGUGCUAAAAACUAGUCCUGUCUUGGAUCCUGAUAGCCCCACACAAGGCUUG